AUGGCGUGGCUGCGGCAGCCGCACAAGCCUACAGACGCCAAGCACAUGCAAGACUAUCUUAUUAAUUGGAAUGCAGGUCCUCUUGGUGUUGUGCUGCAGCCUGAUUUAGGCGCUGAUAUGCCCCCUGUCGUGGCGCAGCUGCUACCUCAGCCUUCCGUGCUUAAAAUGGCGGGCGUGCGUGAAGGAGACCUCUUGAUCAGCGUCAACGGAAAGAAAACCACCCGUCUGGGCUACGAAAAAGUGGUGCGUCUGUUAUUUAAGGAGCGUCUUCCCAUGGUCUUGCACUUUCGCUCGCCAUUGCCGGUUUCUGAGGCGUCGCGAGGCGUGUUAGGGGUUGUUCCGGACAAUGUUCCACCUGUACGCGGUUAUGAACGCUCACGUGCCAGUAGUGCCUUACCUAUGAAACCUGUGAGUCGCGCCCGGAGACAUUCUAGCCUUGAGCAUUUUGAACCGAAGCCAAAGUCAAAUGCGCACAUUUCUACUAAUGAUAGCGAACAUCAUAAGCAGUCAGAGACGAAGAAGCAGAACAAGAAUAAGUCUAAAGCUCAUGAUGUCAGCAAAAAAAGUGUCGAGAAAGGUAGACUUCGGAAGCAAUAUAGUGUUGUGUGGGAACGUGGAUCGCUUGGAAUCUCCUUUCGAGCAUACAACAGCAAGGUGAACGUACCGUGUGUCGAUUAUAUCAGCUCAAAGAUUGGACAAGGGCGCGGUAUGGAUCGCGUUUGUAUCAAUGAUGUGCUCAUUGCGAUUAAUGGAGAAAAAACAAAGGCUCUUGGCGUGGAAAAAGUGCUUCGUUGGCUUCAUGUCAUUGAAAAACCUGUGGUCCUGAGAUUUCAUGCAUCCUCUAACCGUAUUGAAAAGACAGUGAGUGAACUUUUACCACACGCAGUAAAAGAAGAUUCAGAAGUACUGUUCAAACCAAGACGACCUACGUUUCCGCAUUCACAGCCUGAGUACGAGCCGCCACCGCGACCACCACGUCGAAACAAUAAUUUGGAUCAAUCUGUGCCGCAGCGUCAUUUAGAUCAAGGAAUAUCAGAGAUCGCCGACAUUGCGGCAGUGGCAUCGCAACCGUCACAAGAAAGUGUCUCAUUUUUUGAAAUGCAGCCGAUGCCGAUCGAGAUUAAUUUGCAGCAGACUCAAUCGGAUGUGCUUACGAAAGAGACACAGCACUUUAAAAAUAUGGUAAAUGUUCGUGCACAAAGUCAGAAGGAUAUCAGAGUGGCUGGAAAUUCUCGCCGCGAUCCAAUUGACGUCAUUCCACCCCAGUAUGAUGCGCAAACUCGCGCGCAUAUAGACCCAGACCGUCGUCAGUCUCACCAGGUUCAGACUCAGCUAUAUCAUUCGCAAAAGCUGCUACCUACACGAUCUCGAGCUGGCUCGACUACUCGAGGCAAUAUCCAGCUCCAGGAGCUAUCAGAGAGUAAUCAUAACAAUCUGCUACCAGCGUCAAGUACUGCUGCUCCACACCCUUUGGCGUCUUGUGAAAGCCAUACAAGCAAUUUAUCACUACUAAGCUUUAACGAGGCAGUGAAUGUUGUUGCUCGAGCUACAGGAAAGCCUAUCGAAAAAUGUGAGUUUGGAGGAAAGCCAUUGCUUGAUAUCAAGGAAGGGUCAGUGCAGGCCAAGCUCAUGUAUAUUUAUGCUAAAGCGUGUUUAGCAAAGGAGUGUAACGUAAACAACGACCCAACAUCUCAAGAGAGCCAGCGACCUCGGACCCCUGGUAAUCCACUGGGUCGCAAGACUAAUCCGAAGUAUUUAUCGUACACUAUUCUGCAAAACGACUCAGUAGAGUCAAAUCAUACUUCUACAGAUGAAGUUUGUGCUUCCGAGGACAAAGGCAAGUUAAAACACAAGGGUCACCAGGGCGAAGUUACGAAUGGGCUGGAUCAUGACCUGGAGUUCAAGCAUAACGGUGCUUCUAGUGAAAAUCUGACUCAAAGUUCAGCAAAAAUGCAAAAGGACAUCUCGAUUAAGCAACCGACGCAAUCAGGUCUUACCACUUCAUUUUCUUCAGCAAGUUCUACUUUCUCAGUUAGCAGCGAUGUGACCCCGAGUGCGCCUCCUGACCCACCUGUGAAUUUCGUGGAGGGUUUUAUACCGUUAAAUGACUUUACUGUGCAAAAGGUUUUAGCGAAACGCCACGUACCGUCAAGCCCUGUUAGCACGACGCUGCCGUCUAUAGCUGUCAAUGAUGAGAUUAAAUCUAUAAACGAACAGGAUAACUUAGUACAUACUGUCAAGACUGAAGAAGCUGGUGCUGAUGUUAGUGAAGAAUCUUUGACAAAUGGCUUUCAGCGAAGCAAGGGGAAUGAUGCAGAGCGAGUGCGAUCUAUGUACGAAUCGGAUCUACUGCAAAAGCCUGCUGAAGCUUCUAACAACAUUUUCAGGCCGACAGGAGAUAACGAUCAUGCUAAUGCAGACGCUUGCGCUGAUGAUGAUGUCGUGAAUGAUGAACCUUUUGAUGAACGAGAUUUGGCGGCAAGUGUGGCAUCGCUUGACGAUCUACUUGAUCUCCCGCUAAAGGAUAACGACCACGUCGAUGAGGAUCACGAUGAGUUAUUAUACGAUGGUGACGAAGCGAAGGAUGACAGCCAGAAGAGAGAAAAGGGGGAUGAAAAACAAAAUUUGAUGAACAAGUCCUUGGGCUUGAAGCUGGAUCAAGUGCAAGAAGAGGAGGAUGGAGAAUCAGAAGCUCAAGACGACUACGAAAAUGACAAGACAGAGAAGGUAGUUGGUCACGUCGAGACAAGGAACGAGGGGACUAUGAUGCAAGGUAUCCUUAAUGGGCUCCAAGACGAGAAACACCUCGAAGAUAGUGCUUUGUCCAAUGUGCUUGUGAACGAGCUCUACCGUGAUAUUCAGGAUGUUCGUGAAGUCAUCAAGGAUAAGUCCGCAGUCCUUGUACUUGUGAAGAAAAGCAUGAUAGACGAGAUUCAGGAGAUUCUUCAAAGCUUACAAAUGGAGAUGCAGUUUGAGCGUCACUCGACUGUGGCGAUAGGUUCUCCGGCAAAUCCGAUGCAGGACUCUCAGCAGCGUCGAAGUACAGAGGGCGAACACUGCUUUCGUUGUGGUGCCGCUGGAGAUUUAGCAGAAUUGGGCGUCGCUGGCGAGCGCCGUGAAUUGUACUGUGAAGAGUGUUGGGAGUUGUUUUUUUUCAGCGAAGAAAAGGAGUCGCCUGUGAUUAAAACGAGUAAAAUUCUAGCGCCAUCAGAAGUUGGACGGCUCACUGCUGACGAAGAUGCUUUAGAUGAAGCGCUUAAGUACAGCUUUCACGAUAGUUCUAUCACUCGCGAGGACAUAAUUUAUCCAUGGCGAAGUUUGCAAGGCAGCGACUCUCUUUCGUCAUCUUCUCGGGACUCGAAUGCAUCGAGUAUUACUGACCGCGCCGAUGAAGUGUGGCUAUAA